AUGCAAAAUCUAUUUUUAUUAAAAUGUACUAAAAUUGUUCAUUCAAAUAUUCGUUUAUCUUCAUCAUCAAUAAAACCUUCGAUAAUUUCUCGUAUUCGAUAUGUUCUUCAUCAUUAUUGGCUUGGAUCGAAAUUACUUUAUCAGAAUUAUAAAUCUGUUCAACAAAUUCGAAAAAAAGAUGUAAAUUCGUUAACACGGAUUGACAAUUUAGCAUUAGAACAAUUUCGUUAUGAUAUUCGUAUUGGAGCUCCAUUUGUUUUAUUAUUUGCAAUACCCGUUAUUGGUUACAGUGCACCAGUUAUUGCUCUUAUAGCUCCAAAAUAUCUUCCAUCAACAUUAAUUAUGCCUAAACAAAAGGCUAAAUUCUUAAAAGAUGAUGCACAUGCAUCAUCAUUAAUAAUUGAUUCGUUAUAUGAAUUUGGUCAAAAGCAAUACAUUUAUGAAAACAUUCAUGGAAUAAUAUCGAUUAUGCAAUUUAUAAAUCAAGAGACGAAAGUUGAAAUUAUUCGACAGUUACGUUAUCAGAUGACUAUCGAUGGAUCUCUUAUCAGUUACCAACUAACAGCAAAUGGAAAUGAAUAA